AUGGCCACAUUCGAACUCACCCCGACACACAUACAAAAACUCAAGAAAAGGGCGUUGGAGGAAGUAGGGCAAGAAGAAGAAGAAGAAUUGUAUUUAUCCACAUUUGUGGUGGCUUAUGCGUAUGCAUUGAUAUGUUUCAUCAAAUCGAAAGGAGGGGAGUGUAAAGAAUUUGUGCAUUUUCAACUGGCAGCAGAUGCUACUGGGUUGUUGGAUCCGCCAGUUUCGAGCAACUAUUUUGGAAACUGCCUGACCCAUCCGGGGAUGCUGAUGGAAGCAAGGGAAUUUAGAGAACAAAAUGGGUUUUCGAAGAUUGCCAAGAAAAUUACCCGUCUGAUUUUGGAACUGAGGACAACUCGCACAAUGACGAUGUCUACAAUGGCCGAUUGUAUUCAAUUUCACACCAAAUACUUUUCAACAACUGAAAUUUGUUCGGUUGCAGAUUCGCCCAAAUUUAAGCUCUAUGAAACAUAUUUCGGGUGGGGAAACCCCAACAAAGUUGAGAUGGUUUCGUUGGCAGAUAACAUGAUUUAUUUGAUGGAAUUGGAGUUCAAAAAUGGAAUUGGAGUUCAAAUUAGUCUCGUGUUUUCAAACUAUCAUCAAUGGGACGUUUUUGCUUCUCUCUUCGCCCAGGGCAUUAACUAG